GCCGAGGCUCUGAAAUGAUAGACGUCGUUGAAGACCCAACCCCAUGCCCUAUUUUCUUCAAAGUAGCCAAUGUAGCCAAUAGUAUUUCGUGCUUAUGCCACGGACAAAUAGCAUGGUAGUAUGCACGUAUGUUGUGUGUGCCAUGGACUCAGCCCAGUAAUAUUGACAAUAGGGGGAAAAGAGAUUGCCCCAAAAUAGUGAGAAGAGGAAAAAAUAGCCGGAAAAGAGAGGGGUGCACCACUAGAAGGCGAUUGCUUCAACAAUCAGGGAAUGUGGUUCACCUCGCUUCUUCUACAUACAUCCGUGCACCGUUAUUAAUGGGACUUGGAGGAUUAUAUCCUUAGAAGGUGGCUAGCUACUGUAGCUAGCUGAAGGGUGCUGUGGGUUUGGCUAUCUGUGAAAGGCCAAGAUAGCUGGCUGGCUUUUUCUGCUGUUGCGGCAGGGAGAGACUAGCUAAUUGCUAAAGACUUAAAACAAGUGUAAACACUGUUGGCUAUCUAGCUGAACAGUCACUCCGGCCCGUCACCAUCUCCACACCUUAACACGGAACAAGCACGGCUAUGUCCUCAGCAGCCACCACGCCUCCAUCAGUGGACAAAGUAGAUGGAUUUUCCCGGAAGUCUGUCAGGAAGGCCAAGCAGAAGCGGUCGCAGAGCUCCUCCCAGUUCCGAUCUCAGGGCAAACCCAUCGAGCUUACCCCUCUGCCACUGCUCAAAGACGUCCCGGGCGGGGAACAGCCGGAGCUGUUCCUGCAGAAGCUGCAGCAGUGCUGCACGCUCUUCGACUUCAUGGACACGCUGUCCGACCUCAAGAUGAAGGAGUACAAGCGCUCCACCCUCAACGAGCUGGUGGACUACGUCACCGUCAGCCGGGGCUACCUGACGGAGCAGACCUACCCCGAGGUCGUCAAAAUGGUGUCCUACAAUAUAUUCCGGACCCUUCCUCCCAGCGAGAGCAACGAGUUUGACCCGGAAGAGGACGAGCCCACGCUCGAGGCCUCCUGGCCACACUUACAGCUGGUAUACGAGUUCUUCAUACGAUUCUUGGAGAGUCAAGAAUUCCAGCCAAGCAUUGCCAAAAAAUACAUAGACCAGAAAUUUGUAUUACAGCUCUUGGAGCUGUUCGACAGCGAGGACCCCCGGGAGAGGGACUACCUGAAGACAGUCUUACACAGAAUUUACGGGAAGUUCCUGGGGCUGCGGGCUUUUAUACGAAAACAGAUUAACAAUAUUUUUCUACGUUUUGUUUAUGAAACCGAGCACUUCAACGGGGUAGCUGAGCUACUGGAGAUCCUGGGAAGCAUAAUCAACGGCUUUGCCCUCCCACUGAAGGCAGAGCACAAACAGUUCCUGGUCAAAGUGCUGAUCCCCCUCCACACGGUCCGAAGUCUGUCUCUCUUCCACGCGCAGUUGGCCUAUUGUAUUGUACAGUUCCUGGAGAAGGACCCAGUAUUAACAGAACCAGUCAUCAGGGGAUUGCUAAAGUUCUGGCCAAAAACCUGUAGUCAGAAAGAGGUGAUGUUCCUGGGGGAGCUGGAGGAGAUCCUGGACGUGAUCGAGCCCACACAGUUUGUCAAGGUCCAGGAGCUCCUCUUCAAGCAGAUCUCCAGAUGUGUAUCCAGCCCACACUUUCAGGUAGCAGAGAGGGCCCUGUACUACUGGAACAAUGAGUACAUCAUGAGUCUGAUCGAGGAGAACUCCAGCGUCAUCCUGCCCAUCAUGUUCUCCAGCCUCUACAGGAUCUCCAAAGAGCACUGGAACCCGGCGAUCGUGGCUUUAGUGUACAACGUACUGAAGGCAUUCAUGGAGAUGAACAGCGUUUUGUUCGACGAGCUCACGGCGACCUACAAGUCGGACCGCCAGCGGGAAAAGAAGAAGGAGGAGGAGAGAGAGGAGCUGUGGAAGAUGCUAGAAGACCUGGAGCUGAAGAGGGGCCUGCGGAACGAUGGGAUAAUCCCCACUUAACACUGGCCCCGCCCACCCCUUGCCCGGCCCCGCCCACCCCUCCCCACCGCCAUCAGAAGGAGCAGUUUUUUUUUUCUAUUUUUUCCCCCCACCUGCCCUUUUCCCUCCCUCUCUCCUACCCCAUAUUGUGCAACUUACUUUAUGGUAGAUUGACGUUCGUCUCAAUUUCAGCAGCACUGUAAAUAACUGUUUUUUUUUUCCCCCGACCACCCGAAAUGAUACUUAAUGCAGAAAGGAAAAAAAAUGUAUACAAGAGGAAGAAAAAAAAAAAAAAAAACUAAUGGUGAUGUACAGGGGGAAAAGAGACUUUGGACAAGUGGGACUUUCUGUAUAAAAAAAAAAAAA